GGGCAGAGCGAGAGAGCAGCCGCCGCCGCCGCCUCCGGAGCGCAGAGAGAGCGAGCCGGGGGGAGGGACCCCGCCGGGCGCCGCUGAGUGCUGGGGGGCGCAGCCCUGCCAUGUCCCCGGGGCAGCCGGAGUCGGGCUAAGCGGCUGUGCGCGCAGCGGGGAGAGCUCUUCGGGACCAUGAAGCAGCCAGGGCAGCUCUUCCUCCGCCUGCUGCUCCUGCUCUGCCUCGCCAAGAUCAAACCUGCAGCUGCCUGCUUUGAAGAUUGCAGCUCAGUAAAUGUAAAUGCAGCGACGACAGAAAUCCAUAUUGACACAUUACCAGACAACUUUACAAUAAUCAGUGUAACUUUUGCAAAUGGAACACUGUUCCCGAAUUCAUCACUGAACAAUUCAAUAGGAGGUCUUUCACCUGGUGUACAAUACAUUAUCAACUUUCAAAAUGGUACAGAAGCAUGUUGCAAAAACAUUACAACAAAGUCCAGUCCAGUUUCUGACAUCCAGGCCACAAAUAUCGGCACAGAACACGUGACCUUAACAUGGGAAAACAAUGACACUGCUGCUCCUAAUUACACAUAUGUGAUAUCCACUGAUGGGAAUGGAAUUUCGCCUACUCAGAACCAAACCUCCCAAAACAAAAAUGCUGUAAUUGGGAGACUACAGCCUGGUACCCUUUAUAACUUCACAGUAGUUCCACUAGCAGCGGAUAACAUGACUAAAGGAGACCCAAAAGUCAAACACAUCUAUACAAAGCCCAGUCCAGUUUCUGACAUCCAGGCCACAAAUGUCAGCACAGAACAAGUGACCUUAACAUGGAAAAACAAUGACACUGCUGCUCCUAAUUACACAUAUGUGAUAUCCACUGAUGGGAAUGGAAUUUCGCCUACUCGGAACCAAACCUCCCAAAACAAAACUGCUGUAAUUCGGGGAUUACAGCCUGGUACCCUUUAUAACUUCACAAUAGUUCCACUAGCAGCGGAUAACAUGACUGAAGGAGACCCAAAAGUCAUACACAUCUAUACAAAGCCCAGUCCAGUUUCUGACAUCCAGGCCACAAAUAUCGGCACAGAACAAGUGACCUUAACAUGGAAAAACAAUGACACUGCUGCUCCUAAUUACACAUAUGUGAUAUACACUGAUGGGAAUGGAAUUUCGCCUACUCGGAACCAAACCUCCCAAAACAAAACUGCUGUAAUUCGGGGAUUACAGCCUGGUACCCUUUAUAACUUCACAAUAGUUCCACUAGCAGCGGAUAACAUGACUAAAGGAGACCCAGAAUUCAAACACAUCUAUACAAAGCCCAGUCCAGUUUCUGACAUCCAGGCCACAAAUAUCGGCACAGAACAAGUGACCUUAACAUGGAAAAACAAUGACACUGCUGCUCCUAAUUACACAUAUGUGAUAUACACUGAUGGGAAUGGAAUUUCGCCUACUCGGAACCAAACCUCCCAAAACAAAACUGCUGUAAUUCGGGGAUUACAGCCUGGUACCCUUUAUAACUUCACAAUAGUUCCACUAGCAGCGGAUAACAUGACUGAAGGAGACCCAAAAGUCAUACACAUCUAUACAAAGCCCAGUCCAGUUUCUGACAUCCAGGCCACAAAUAUCGGCACAGAACAAGUGACCUUAACAUGGGAAAACAAUGACACUGCUUCUCCUAAUUACACAUAUGUGAUAUACACUGAUGGGAAUGGAAUUUCGCGUACUCGGAACCAAACCUCCCAAAACAAAACUGCUGUAAUUCGGGGAUUACAGCCUGGUACCCUUUAUAACUUCACAAUAGUUCCACUAGCAGCGGAUAACAUGACUGAAGGAGACCCAAAAGUCAUACACAUCUAUACAAAACCCAGUGUAGUUUCCAACCUCAAAGUUAUAAAUGUCAGCACAACCGAAGUAACACUGACAUGGCAAAACAGUGAUGCUGAGGCUUCUAAGUACACGUAUAGGAUACUCUAUAAAGAUGACGGAACUUCAGUUCAACAAAACAUCACUUCCCAAACCAUGAAUGCCACCCUUACAGGAUUGAAACCUGGUACCUUGUAUCUAUUUAAGGUAUUCUCACGAGUUUCAGGGACUGAAGGAGACUCCAACCCCACAAAUACUUAUACAAAGCCCAGUCCAGUUUCUGACAUUCAGGCCACAAAUAUCGGCACAGAACAAGUGACCUUAACGUGGGAAAACAAUGACACUGCUGCUUCUAAUUACACAUAUGUGAUAUACACUGAUGGAAAUGGAAUUUCAGCUACUCGGAACCAAACCUUCCAAAACAAAAAUGUGGUAAUUGGGGGAUUAUGGCCUGGUACCCCUUAUAACUUCACAAUAGUUCCACUAGCAGCGGAUAACAUGACUGAAGGAGACCCAAAAGUCAUACACAUCUGUACAGAGGCUGCACCAGUGCUUUCAUUUAACUGUACACCAGUGACUAAAGAGCCUAAGUUAACACUAAAGUGGGAGCUCCCUGCUGGUGACAGUACUAACUUCAGCAUUAACACAUUCAAUGAUGCCUGGAGCAACAAAACACUGGUUUUGGCUGGUAGCCUAGAAACAACUGUAACAAAUUUAAAUUAUUCCACCUCCUACAAUGUUAGUAUUAUAACCUGUUCAUGUGGGAAAGACAGCCUUCCAAAGGAAACAACGUGUGAUACAAGUAUCACUGACCCACCUGCUCCAAUAGAAAAGCCUAUUAUUACGUCAAUCACUCACAACUCCUUUAAAAUUAAGUUCAGUGGGUUUGAGUCAAAAAAUGGACCGCUAAAGGCCUAUGCAAUAGUAAUCACAACAACUAAAGAAGGCAAUAUACCUGCAAAUAGCAGCUUGAACUAUACAUACAAUGACUUCAAGGAAAAUAAAAGAAAAACUUACAUAACAAGUGUCAUAACCGCUACGCAAAUGAGAGCCUUUUCCUCCCGUUCAGAUAGUUCACAAUAUGAAAUGGAAGUAGGAGAUGCAUCCAAAUCGCAUGCCUAUUCCAAUGGGCCGCUGGAACCACUUGGUUCAUACCGGGCGAGUGUUGCAGGUUUCACUAAAAUUGAAUUUAACAAUGGUGAACUUAUUGUUGAAGAGAGAAGCUAUGUAUCAUUUACACCUUAUUCUCAGGCAAUUACAUUACUCCAGGAUCCAGGUGUCAUCACUGGAGCUGUUGUUGGGUGUAUUGUGGGUGCUGUGGCUAUAGCUGCUGUAGUGGUAUUAGUUUUCUGGAGACGGAGAAGGAAAGAUGGAAAAAAUAGUGAGCUACCCUUUUCUCCGAUUAGACCCAAGAAAUCCAAGUCAAUUAAAGUUGAAAACUUUGAGUCCUACUUUAAGAAACAGCAAGCUGACUCGAACUGUGGAUUUGCUGAAGAGUACGAAGAACUCAGGUCGGUGGGCAUUAAUCAGCCUAAAUUUGCAGCUGAACUUACUGAGAACAGAGGGAAAAAUAGGUACAAUAAUGUCUUGCCGUAUGACAUUUCCCGUGUUAAACUUUCGAUCCAAAACCAUCCAACUGAUGAUUAUAUUAAUGCAAAUUAUAUGCCUGGAUACAACUCCAAGAAAGAAUUUAUUGCUGCACAAGGCCCCUUACCCAACACUGUGCAAGACUUCUGGCGCAUGAUUUGGGAAAAAAAUAUCUAUGCUAUUGUUAUGUUGACAAAAUGUGUUGAACAAGGCAGGACCAAAUGUGAGGAAUAUUGGCCAGACAAAGGAUCCAACUAUUACGAUGACAUUACUGUAACGUUGGUCUCAGAGUAUGUCCUUCCAGAAUGGACAAUAAGAGACUUCACAGUGGAAGGCAGUGAUGCAACUGAAAGCCACUCUGUACGCCAGUUCCAUUUCACUUCCUGGCCUGACCAUGGUGUUCCGGAGACAACAGACCUUCUUAUUAACUUUAGACAUCUGGUACAGGAAAACAUUAGACAAAAUCCCCCAGAUUCUCCUACUCUGGUGCACUGCAGUGCUGGUGUUGGCAGGACAGGUACUUUCAUUGCAAUUGACCACCUGAUCCAGCAAAUAGAAAUGGAGAACGCCAGCGAUGUAUAUGGAGUAGUAUAUGAUCUUCGAAUGCAUCGACCUUUAAUGGUACAAACAGAGGACCAGUAUGUCUUCCUAAACCAGUGUGUUUUGGACAUUAUUAAAUCCCAAAGAAACAAAAAAUCAGACCUUAUCUACCAAAACACAACAGCAAUGGCAAUCUAUGAAAAUUUUGGACCAACAGCAGGUUUUGAGAAGGCAAAUGGCUACCAUGCAUAACCAGAGAGGGAAGAAAUGUCAUUAGGAGGCCAUUACUAUCCUGCACACAGGAAAACGAAAUGCACUGUUAUUGUACUUGUGUGUACAGUAUCUUUUAUUAUUUUUUCAGUCUUGUAUAUCUAAUUUGAAGAUGCCCUUGUAAAAAUGUCUUUUGGAGUUGUGGAUUAGUAUAAAAAGAAGCUGCAAGUUAACAGAGGAAAUUGCUUUAUCUUGGGAACUUCACAAUACUCGUAGGCAAAACAACAUUUGCAGUACAGACGGUGAAGUAGAUGAUAAAUAUUAAAAAUAACAAAUUACAAAGGCUCUUUUUUAAUUAAAGUUUUGUAUGAUUUCAUAUACAGAUACCUGGCUUGUGGGCUGUGGAAUAUAUUUUAUAAAUGUCAGGAACAUAUUUUAUCUGCUGUACCUGGUUACUUAGUUGAUGGAUAUAUGCUUCAUUGUGAUUUGUCCUUAGUGUUCCGUUUGAUUUAUAAGAAGGAGUACAAACACCUCCUACAAAUGGGUGUUGAUAUUUGGAAAUUGUGCCUUUUCUGGUUAUUACUCUGUAGACAAAAAUAAUCAGAGCCCUAUAUUUUUGUACUGAGACUUUUAAUUAGAAUAUAGAUUUUAACUGUAGUAACAUUGCUGGCGAGAUGCUCCUAGAUUUUGGUAGUGAUCUUCCCCUUUUUGUAUUCCACCACAACCUUCAGAGGCCUUAUAUCACAGUGCCUCAAUCUAGAGGAAAAGGAGGGUAAGGGUUGUGUGUCAUUCUGAGCUUUAAUAUGUGUGUGUGUGUGUGUGUGUGUGUGUGUGUGUGUGUGAGAGAGAGAGAGAGAGAGAGAGGAAGCAACUCCUCCCAUUUCUGGCUGAUAUUUCUGUUUUAUAGAGUUUAUAAGGAUUUAUUUAAAGGUGCAAUAUGUGAUUUAUUGAAUAAUGAUUGCUCUACUUAAAGAGAGCUUUACUCAGGUUGUCUCUUUUUUAAUUAUUUUUUUCUUUAAAUAUAUAAAUCUGUGAAAAUUUCAGACUGAGAAUUCACAUGUCAAAGUGCUCCCAAACAGGUUCACUGGCUUUAUUCUAUUUAGCAAAAGUAAAUGCACAAAUAUCUACUGUAUAUAUCAAUUACUAAAAUCUGUUGUUUUAGCCUGUCAAAACUGAGAUGUGUGUUUUAUCUUGGUGCAUCUCAAAAAUAUAAUUUAACUGUUUUAUAAUUGUUUCCAGUAUGCUGCUGCUAUUUUAACUGAUUCUUUAAAAAAAAGUCUAGAUAUUAAUAUUACAUGUCAAGGACUAAUUUGGAUUUAUUUUGCUGGUACAUUAAUGUUAAACGUAUGAAGGCAUUACCAAUGAAGGACUUACUCAUUAUUUUUAAGGGGUACUGGGUGGUUUUUUUUUUCUUCUUUGGAUCAGUGCACUGGUUGCAUUGCAAAGUAUGAAGUUCAGGAACAUCUAUAAAAUAGCUGUUAAAGUCUUAUGAAAGUUUAAUAGCCAGCGUACCUGGGAUUCUGCAGCAUUUGAAAGCCAGUUUGUAUGACAAAGGUGACAACAACUGCUGCAAAUUUUGGAAAUGAUUGUGGCACUACAAUGGGUAGCUGGCUGCCCUGUAGAAUCCACUGUUGAAUGAAAAAUCUUAGGCAUCCUGGCUUCUAUAGUCCCACAUCUGUGAAUUUAAGUAAUGGCAACAGUAAUUCUUAUUCGAUAAUGGAAGUGUGUCAUUUAAGCAAAACUGGAGGGAGACCCACACCAUGGUUUGAGCAGGACUCAUAAUACCCAUUUGUUGUGUUUAUUUUAUUUUUUCUUCUUCUUAUCUAAAAUCAAUCAAACCAUCCCACCAGACUCCUUCUCAAAUGGAAAUCGCAAUCGUAAUUUUUUUUACCCUGCAUCCUUUCUAAGGUGCCAUUAGAUCUCAACAAAAUGCAAUGCAACAACUUCUUCACUUAGCUUGGCAGCACAGAUCAAACCAAAAAAAUCCCUAAGGCUUCACUAGAGAGAAGGGCCGGCCCCUCUACAUUGUUUGGGGGCGUGUCUGGUGUUUUUCAUUUAAAUACUACUACUCUCUGUGGUAGUGCAGUCUUAAGGUAUCAUGGAAGUGCAUGGCUGGUCAGAAAUCGUUAUUUCUGGGACAGCCCAGAAGGUCAUUGAGUCCAAGAAUACUGCACUUGGUUUAAAAAGUGCCUAUCUUAUGUAGCAGAGAAGAGCAGUGAAUGCAUUGUCUCUCAUAGUGUUUGUGCUGUGGAUUCUGCACCUGCGUUAUAUAGUGGCUGCAUCUGCAUUAUAUAGCAGCAGAACCUCAGAAAACUAGCUAUAACUGUGACUGACUAUUUCAGUCUAAACACCUAUGAUAGAUUGUUGCAGUAGCAGGUGAUUAAAAGUGGGAUCCUAGAUACAAUUUGUUUCCAUCAGGAAAACAAUAGAAUAAAUAUUUGUCCAGAGAUUCCUGAGAAAUAAAUAAAAACUCUAUCCAAUCAAAUCCUUAUAUGUCUUGGGAAACUGGAAUCCAUAAAUAUGCUAAAUCAGGAGAGAGUCUGAUUUCCCCGCUUAUGAAUUAAAUGUGAGAAGAGCACAACAGAUGAGAUUACAGGGCCAGUCCUGCCUGACUAAAACAGUCACUAUUCCCAAUCAAGUCUAUUUCCCAUAGAGGCCAAAAGAAUUUUCCAUGAGCAAGGCAUGCAGGCUCGGGCCCUAUAGUUUUUAGUGGACAGAAAAAGUUGAUUAAUGCUUAAAGUGAUGUAUCCAUGAAGCUGGGUGUUGUUCCACUGUGACUAACUAGGACAGGCCACAUAGGAACUCCCACUGGAAGGAAUGGGUCUUACAGGUAAUGUUUUAUCUUAGAGAUUCCCUCUAACCAAGAUGACUUGAAUAGGAUUCUAGCGUAUGUUUGUCAUCUACAAACUGAUUUUCUAUGUCUUUAGUUUCUUUUGAUUCAGGACUAAAGGUUGCUAUUUAUACUGUCUUCUUGCUCUUUAUUCUGUUCAUUCAGUGCUUAUUGUUGGUGGUGCUUGCCUAAAAUAAUCUGCUUCCCCAGCCUCAAAACUCUCCUGGUGUUACAACACUGGGUUUUCUGACUGAGGUUGUUUGGUUUUUUUUCCUUCAAUUUGGGACCCUUUUAAAAAGGGAAAUGUUCACGUGAAAUAAGGGUUGCUUUUAGUUGAAUAUUUUGAUGUACAAAUUUCAGUGUUUUCCAUACAGCUGUACAGAAACUUGUAGCACAUUAUCUUAAUUUUUUAAUAGUUUGUUUUAAAGAUAUAAAGAUAAUUAAAAAGCAUUAACUUAGA